ACGGAAGUAAAAUAUUUGGCGCCAAAGCACGAGCGGACAGACCCACACCAGCCAAGUAAACAAUGAUGGAUGCUGCCCGGAGAAUAAAGUCCAGAGUUUGUACUGACUUCAAAAUGCGGGGAUUUAUUCUCCGACCUGAGGCCACCAAGUGCCUGGUCGAGUCCCUGUUGUCUGUCAGUCCCACUGAGCUGGAUGACAUCAUCGAAAGGGUGCUGGAUGCUGUGGAGAAGCAACCAUUGACUUCAAGCACCAUCGAGCUAUCGGUGGUGGAAAAUGCCGUGCAGGACUGCUUUCAAUCCUGCGAUGAAACCAUGCCUAACGUUUUCAACAUCAUCGGCGCCUUUGACGUGCCCAGAUAUAUUUACAACGCGGAGCGGAAGAAGUUUGUUCCCCUAAGUAUGACCAACCAUCCAACUCCGGGCCUGUGCGGCAUCGCCAGAGACAAGGCGGAACUUUUUCGGGAGCGCUACACAAUUUUACUGCAGCGCACACGUCGACACGAGCUGUUCACUCCGCCUGUCAUAGGAGCUGCUGUCGUGCACAAUCAAAACAAAUUUCAGCUGAAGACCAUUGAAGCUUUGCUCGGCAGCACAGCCACACUGGGGGGCGUGAUCGUUCUCGGAAUGAUCACGCAACUAAAAGAGGGGAAAUUCUACCUGGAGGAUCCAACUGGGACAGUAGAGCUCAAUAUGUCCAAGGCACAGUUUCAUAAUGGCCUUUACACUGAAUACAGUUUCGUAUUGGCUGAGGGCUGGUACGAGGACUCGGUUUUCCACGUCAAUGGUUUUGGCACUCCGCCCAUAGAACCUUCAUCAGCCACACGGGCGUACUUUGGCAACAUCAACUUUUUCGGCGGUCCGUCCACUACAUCGGUGAAAGCGUCGGUCAAGCUCAAGCAACUGGAGGAGGAAAACGACGACGCCAUGUUUGUACUGGUUUCCGACGUGUGGCUGGACAACGCGGAAGUGAUGGAGAAGCUCAACCUCAUGUUCUCAGGUUACGCGGCAAUGCCUCCCACGUGUUUCAUCUUUUGUGGAAACUUCUCUUCUGUUCCGUACGGAAAAGGUCACGUCAAAUCACUCAAGGAGUCGCUGAAGGUGUUAGCUGACAGCAUAUGUGCGCAUCCUAACAUACUCAACAAUAGUCGUUUUGUGUUUGUUCCUGGCCCUGAAGAUCCAGGCCCGGGCUCCAUCCUACCACGACCUCCGCUGGCGAAUCACAUCACCGAGGAGUUCAGACAGAGGGUUCCUUUUUGCGCGUUCACCACCAACCCGUGCAGGAUCCAAUACUGCAGUCAGGAGAUCAUUGUCAUCCGUGAGGACUUGGUCAACAAGAUGUGCAGGAAUUGUGUGGGCUUGCCUAACAGCAACCUGGAUAUUCCCAAUCAUUUUGUCCGGAGCAUUCUGUCGCAGGCUCACCUGGCCCCGCUGCCUCUUUAUGUCACUCCCGUGUUUUGGGCCUACGACUACGCCCUGCGCGUGUACCCCGUUCCCGACAUGGUGGUCUUUGCCGACAAGUACGACCCCUUCAGCGUCACACACUCUGAGUGCCUUUGCGUCAAUCCGGGCUCUUUCCUAAGAAGUGGUUUUACAUUUAAAGUUUACUAUCCAGCCAACAAAACCAUUGAGGACAGCAAACUUCAAGGACUAUAAGCAGAGAUAUAUAUUUUUAGUCUGUACAUAAAGUUUUAUCGAAUAUUUGUUUGUGUGUAUGAGCAACUGUCAUUUUAUUUGUAGUCUUCAUGGAUUUUAAUGCUUAAUUUUAUAUUCCACAAACACAAUAUUAAUCAGAAUAUUGUGUUUGGACUAGUCCUGUGUAGAACAUAUUGAGGAUAAAAUGUUUGACUUGACUUUCUCUUUAAGUGAAUAAAAUUGCAAUGUAACCAAGAUAAUGAGGUGAUGUUAUGAAAAUAAAGUUCUAAUAAUUAUUGAAAAGUAAAA